CCUACGUAAAAGUAACUUUAAUGUAUGGUGAGAAGAAAAUAGACCGAAAGAAGACUUCAACACGAACUGGCUCUCUUAACCCAACUUUCAACGAAUCUUUCAUGUUUGACGUCACGAGAGAAGACAUGAAAAAUGUGUCCCUUGCAUUGACAGUAGCAGAGGUGGAACAGGGCAUGAUAGGGAGGUGUGAGAUCGGGCCGUGGACAGAGCAGUGGCGGGAAAUGAUGGACACGCCCCCGAAGCCCGCCACCAGGUGGUGCCAGAUGAAGGAACUCACGCCGUCGUGCAAGAGUCCAGCGGUGUAGGAUGUUUAUGGUAGUUCACCUUUAUCCGUGUGGCGUAACCUAUAUCCGUUGUGUUGUAUGUGGGGAAGGACAACC